AGUGUCAAGAAAAAAGUUUGAAAAUUUCUUUAGUAAAAAACCCCCCAAAAACGAAACAUCGGGCAGUGCAAGGUGGUAGAGAACAAGAGUCGAAGCCCACCGCCACCGGAGACCCGAAAACCCCCGACCUAGGCUAACCCCACCCCCACCCCCAACCCCGACCGACCAUCUUGUGGAGUGGAGGGACCAACAGCCUCACCACCAAGGAUUCUCUGCUCUCGCCGACGAUUAUAUACCCACAUUACUGCUGACGCUCCACUGGAGAACACUGAGAACCCCAACCAACUAGAGAGAGAGAGAGAGAGAACAGUGUUGAAGCCAAAUGUUGGAGAAGACGUUCAAGAAUUCUGCUUCUGUCUCUACCUGACUUUUAUCUUCUCUUUUAUAAUUUUUCAAGCUUUUGAGAGAAGGGUUUAAUGGACAACAUGAAUGUGUCCGAGUCAAUUCUUGCUUGGCGUUGGCUCAUUGAAGCAAUGGCAAGCUUCAAAGAAGUGGACCUAUUUCUUUUAUGUGAUGUGAUGGAAGCGGCUCCGGAAUUACCUGAUGGUUUGGGAAAGAAUACAAGAGAAAUUGUUGCUUUGAGAUGUUUGGAACAAUUAUCUUCAGUAAAUGAAAUUGCUUCUGAUGUUCCUUCUGCCCAGGGUUUGAAAGUUGGGUUUGAUUUGUCAGAAAGUUGUGAAGAUGUUCUUCAACGCAUAGUGGAAGAUACAUCAGGAAGAAUUUUAAGAAUAUCGAGAAUGGAGUUGUCAAGAUGGGAUAUUCAACCAUUCGUUGCUCACAAAAGAGCUUGUAUGCCCAAAUGUGCUUUGGAGCAGCUGAAAGAUGCAAUUCUUGAUGGUACUCAUCCAUAUGCGGAUUUCUUGAGAGAUAAGGGUCAUUUGGCAACAAGUUUGGAAGAUGCUAAUUUGAUGGGUGAUAGCAAUCAUGAUUCUGUUACUACUAGGCCUUGUUUUACUGGAACUGAUGUCCAAAAUGAAGUGAACCCUGAUAUUUUGAUUCCUGAGAAGAGAAACAAACCGCUGGGAGAAAAUCAUCAUGAUCGAGCUAUAUUACCUACAAAGAGAGACAGGUCUGGGUCAGCUAGGGAAGCUAUGGCUUGUAAUGUUCAUGAAGAUUGCAAUGGUGAACUUAAUUCCGAGCUUCAACAUACAAAUGCAAAAAGGUUGAAGCAGUAUGAAUCUUCUGGCAGUCAGUUUGUUGAACAGAACCAAUUUCCUCUUCAUGGAAAUGAGGCAUUAGAAGAUUCAUCUGGAAGAGAUGCUCCAGUUACUACCAGAGAGUUGCCUGAAAACGAGCUGGCAACCAUGGGAGAAAGCAGGGUUUUAGAGAAUGGUUUUGAUGAUGAAUGUAAUAAGAACAACGAUGAUCACUCAAAUAAGGAUAUGGUGCAGACUCCUUGUAAUUCCCCUGUGAUGCCUAAAAUUAAUAGUGGAGAUGAAGCCAAUCAGCCUCUAUCUGUUGAUGAAGCAAAUGUUGUCAGCAACCAUUUUGCUCAAUUAGGCGGUGCUUUUGAGCCAGUGGAGCAGAACUCAGUUGCUUUGCAUGGAAAAGAACCAACAAAAGAUUCUUCUAAAUUAGAAGUUCAGGUCCCUGUGGAGGAACCAAAGCUUACAGAGGAUGAUUGUACUGUCUCAAACAGGUCUCAGCCGAUUACUGGUGAUGAAAUUUAUAAGAAUCAGUCAGAGAAUUUUUAUGAUGCCCCUAGUUUGAUGCAAGACGCUACCAGAGAUGACACCCAUCAAAAUCUAUCUGUUGACGGCACCAAUAAUGCAAGUGAUCCUUCCACUGAACCAAUUGGUGUUCCUUCCCACGGUACUGUGGAUAAAAUUCCCACUAAAGAAUCUAAACGUAUCCGUGAGCAUGAUUUUCCAUUUCAAGAGCGAAAUCCUAUGUCCAAUGACAGAUAUCAACAGAAUAUUAUUGCUGGUGAGGCCAAAGAGAACACAAAUGAUUGUGGGGAAGAAGAGAUGCCAUGUGAUAUUGAUGGAUAUCGUAAUGAGAUGGUUGAUGUAGACAAGAAAAAACUUGAAUUUUUGCAAGCGCAGUGCACUGUUGGUCGUGAUUCCUUGAUUGUUGACUGGACAGAGAAAUAUUUAUGCAUGAAGUGCAAUAAAGCUGGUUCAUUGUUGGUUUGCAGUACUAAUAAUUGCCAAUUGGUAAUUCAUGAGAAAUGUGGAGGUUCUUUAGCAAAAUUUGAUGACAAGGGUAACUUCUACUGCCCUUUUUGUGCAUAUUCUCUUGCUAUCAUGGAAUAUAUUGAAGCUAAGAAGAGAUCCUCAGUGGCUAAUAAAGAACUAGCUGCAUUUAUUCUUAUGGGCUCCAAACGUUACCCAAAAGAAUCCGCCAGAAGUUUAAUUAAGGAAAUAAAUCAUUCUCCUGGAGGAAAUGCAGCUGAGAAUGUUCUUAGAAAAAAUCUAGAAAAUGAACACUUGGGAGCAAGAGAGAAAAAUGAAGGCAAUCUUGUGGAACUUAGUGUAAAUGAAGAAGAUGAUCAGCAAUGUCAAAAAAUUAAAGUCGACCAAGCAGAAAUUUCUGCACAGCAUAAUAAUAAUGACAGUAAUAGAGGUGGGUGUCAUGGCUCAGAAGGUGAAAGAGAAGGUGGAGAAAAGAUGGCGGGAGAGUGCCCAUCUGCAAGAACUGAAGGACAACAGAAUGAAGUUCCACAUAACGCGUCUGGUAGAAAUUCUGAUGUAAAUCUUGUGAAUGAAGGAAAGUCAAACACAGGAAUUCAAAGGAAACUUCUUAAAGACCAAGAUAUUUAUACGAAAAAAAGGUCUGUAACUGAAAAUCAUGACAGUAGUGGGGACGAUUCUGAAAAUGAUGAUCACGAGUCCAACAUUUCUGAUUACUGCAUAUUAUUUCGAAAGAGAAAGAAACCUCGCAGCUCAGACCCAGCAACUCCUCAGAAAAGGCGUAAAAAAGUUCCAUGGACAACUGAGGAAGAGCAGAAGUUAAAGGAGGGGGUGCAAAAGUUUCCCGAUGAAAAGAAUAUGUGGAAGAAAAUCUUGGAAUUUGGAGACUCGGUAUUCAUGGAAGGUCGCACCGCGAUAGACCUGAAGGAUAAAUGGAGAAACAUGUGCAAGGGGAUGCCAAAAUGAAAGUGAUUCUUCUAUUUAAAUGAUGAAAGGCUUAAAGACCUCAAGGACUCAAGUUUCUGCAGGUUCAAAAGAUAAGGUCCUCUUAAAAAGGAAUGUUUUUUUUUUCAACCAUGAUGGAUGGGAUCUGGAGAGGCAGGUUCCUUGGUUUUUGGGAAAAAUUUAGCAUCAGUAGUCUGAGGUAAAUUACCAAAAAAAAUAUAGCAGCGACAAUAUUUAUAUUUAUGUAUAUAUUUAUAUAAUAUGAGUUUGUAAAUAUCAGAAAAGCAUAUUUGGGAAAAUCUUUAGCUGGUUUACUAAUGUGGGGUGUUUUCUAUUGUCAACUGUUGUAUAUUCCUCUCUUUAAAUAUAUUUCCUCUCCAGAAUAGUGUUACUGUUACUAUCACUGAUAUAGUUGCAGUAGUAGCAGCAUUAAAAACUUAGAUCUCAGUUUUAGUAUUUAGUCCAAAAUCCUCUGUAUACUGAAAUACACACACAUGGGAUAAAGGUGAUGGGAGGGAGUCUCGGGAAUCAAGCUGUGAUUGCCAAGAAAACAUGUGAAAUAGUACUCGUGAAAAUGGAAAAUUUUGAGGUGGCUAUUGUGGGCAUAUAUUAUAUGCAACUUCUCUUACAGAAUCCAAGGGAAACUUGAAUUGAAGCAAUGUCUCAUUGAAAGCUUUCACUUCUUUCUAUUCAUGACUCACUCUACUUAGUCAAAGUCUUUGCUCACCAAAAGCUCCACUAGCCACCACAACCAUUUAAUGCUUCCCACUUUACAUUACUCCUUUUCUUUACUUUUAAAAUUUUACCCAUUUCUUUGGUUUUAUUAUUUUCUUUUCUAAGUUUUUAUGAAAGGUGUAAAAUGCUUCUCACAUAUUAAGUAAAUACCAUUUGGGACUCUAUCUUUUGUAAAA